UUCCGUGAGGGAGCGAUUUGGCGGUGACACACGGAAGUUGGUACUGGGGUUUUGUGGAGGUGACCGAAUGGCAGAAAGCAAAAACCUUUAGAAAACAUUGCUUAGUGCCAGUACAGAGUAGUUUAUUUUACCUCACGGUGUGUGAGCAUCCUUAGCGCCAUGGGAGCUCACCUGGUCAGACGGUACGUGACCGAGAGGGACACGGAACCCGACCCGGCCAAGAAGUUCGAGUUCGAGCCCGAGUUCGGCUUCGAGGACAGAAAAGAGAGAGAGAUGAUCGCGACCCAGGAGCAGAUGAACUUGGCCCAGCUGCCGGUGGAGCAGAGAGAUUACUGUGCUCACUACCUGCUCAAGCUCAUGAAGUGCAAGAGAGACAACUGGCCCAACUUCCUGGCCUGCAAGCACGAGAGGCACGACUGGGACUACUGUGAACACCAGGACUACGUGAUGCGCAUGAAGGAGUACGAGAGGGAGAGGAGGCUGCAGCUGAGGAAGAAGAGAAUCCAAGCUCAGGCCGAAGCUGCAUGAUCACAACGUCCUGUAAUUCGACUUUGUACAUAAACGCUACUGUUCACAAUAAACAAGAUUGUUGACGCUCUA